AUGACGCAAGCGCAGGAUAAUCUUGCUAGCUUCCAAGCUCGCCGCCUAGAAGCACUUUCCAAGGUGGACGUUGAUCUGUCCCGAGUCCCAGAUGAUUUAUCCGGCAACGUGACGGAUAUUCCAAGACGAUGCCUUUCUUCGGCAGACAUCGCCAUUACUGAAUCGUCUGCACAAUCUUUACUCUCCUCGCUCGCCCAAGGAACUCUUACUGCCACUGAGGUUACAAAGGCGUUCCUUCGCCGUGCGGUGGUCGCACAGAAAUUGGUCAAUUGCGUUCAUGAACUUUUACCAGAGCGAGCGCUUGCACGCGCAAAGGAGCUCGAUGAGUAUUUCGCAAAGCACAAGAAGCCGGUUGGGCCCCUCCAUGGCCUUCCCAUCAGCGUGAAGGCUCACAUGGGAGUCAAAGGCUGCGAUACUAGUUCGGGAUUUGUCGCAUGGGUGGGACGUCCGUCCCCCGAUGAUGCUGAGCUUCUCAAGAUUCUCAUUACCGCCGGAGCAGUGGAAUAUGUUAGAACAACAGAACCACAAGGACUGUUGAUGUUAGAAACUAAAAGUAAUGUCACCGGUGAGACGUUGAAUCCCCACAAUAUCGCCCUCACCCCUGGCGGUUCGUCGGGUGGUGAAGCGGCGCUCCAGGCACUAUAUGGAAGCCCGCUCGGGGUUGGCACAGACAUGGGAGGCAGCAUCCGUUCGCCGGCUGCUAACUGCGGCUUAUACGGGUUUAAGCCCACCACUCAUCGAAUUCCACUUACCGGGUGGACCGCCUACAACAUUGGCGUCGAAACGAUCUGGGGAACUGCUGGCCCCAUCAGUCCAACAUUUGAAAGCAUUGCUCUACUUAUGAAGGUGAUCCUCGAUGCUGAGCCUUGGCGCAAGAGCCCAAGCCUGCACCAAGUCCCUUGGAGAGAACAGGCCCGGUGUAUCGACCCGAAAGGAGAAAAGAAGUUCAGAGUCGGUGUUAUGUGGGACGAUGGUAUUGUGAAGCCACUCCCGCCGGUAACUAGAGCCCUGCAGGAGGUUGUGACAAAGCUAAAGUCCGUCCCCGGAGUCGAAAUCGUCGAAUGGAAACCAUACCGCCACGAUGAGGCGAUGGAAAUCCUUUCAGGUCUCUAUUCCCCCGAUGGUGGAAAAUCAUUCGAGGCACUCUUGGCCGAGGGUGGAGAGCCUUCUCUUCUCCUCGCAGACUGGGUUGCUAAAUCAGGACCUUCCGUUAAAGCCCAUGAUCUCCCUGCUCUAUGGAAUUUGCUGAAGCAGCGCGAAGCCUACAAAUUUGACUACCUAACGGAAUGGAACAAACUCGAGCCUGACAUGGACGUGAUACUAUGCCCCGCACAUGCCAAUGUUGCUCCUGUCCUCUCUACCUCCCGCUACUGGGGAUAUACAUCGAUUUGGAAUAUCCUCGAUUAUCCUGCCAUUGUUUUCCCAGUUACCAGAGUCAACCCUCGACUUGACCCCAAGCCAUCUGAAUAUACGCCUAGAAACGAUGACGACGCUUUGUACCAAGCGAAUUAUGACCCUGUUAUUCAGGCUUCGGCUCCGGUAUCUCUGCAGCUGGUAGGGAAGAAGAUGCAAGAUGAAUUGGUCGUGCAGGCAAUGAAGGAAAUCAAGGAGGCGAUUAGCCUGCCCUUUGUUAAUUGUCUGAAUGGAUGA